ACGUGGAAUCGUCCUGCCAUAGCCUUUGCUGAGUGCACUUCUUCAGGGAUAUUUUCGUCGUCCAGUUGCUUUCUCCUCCACGUCUGAUUCCUCUGUUUUUUUCUUCGGGAGAAUUCGGUAGAGCGAUAAAGAAGAACUCAGGAGAAUGGCAAAGAACUGAGCGACCACUGCAUUUGUUUCGCUUUCUUUCAUUUUGGCUGAGGAAUAAAAAGAACUGAAGUCGUUGGGCAAGCGGCGCAGGAAGAGAAAAAGAGGGAUGGCCGACCGUUUCUUUAUUAACGAAAUGCCGGAGUUCGUUGCCGAGACAAAUGAUGAAACAGGCGCCGAAGGCAUCGAAGAUUCUCUCUUGAAGCUUCUCUCUCUUCCCUACCCAACUCUCGCGGCGAAACUCAAAAGAACGGCUUUGGAUUUGAAAGAAACGAUUGUGACCAAUACAUGGGGUUUCAGUGGGCGAUGCGUCAGUGACUUCACACUGUACACUGGCUCCCUGGGGACGGCUUUCUUGCUUUUCAAAGCAUACCAAGCAACAAAGAACAAAAACGAUCUCAACCUUUGCGCUGAGAUUGUCAAGGCCUGUGACUCUGCUUCCAGUGGAUCUGGGUUCUCUCUCUCUCUCUCUCUCUCUCUCCACAGUUUUUCUUUGACCGUUUUGAUUUAUGGCUUUAUGCGGUUAUUGUAUAGCAGCGACGUGACAUUUAUAUGUGGGCGAGCUGGUGUUUGUUCUCUGGGCGCUAUCGCGGCAAAGCACGCUGGAAACGAGCAGUUGCUUAAUCACUACUUAACCCAAUUUAAAGAGAUCAAACUUCCUAAAAAUGUUCCCAAUGAGUUGUUGUAUGGGAGAGCUGGGUUCUUGUGGGCAUGUUUGUUCAUAAACAAACACAUAGGUAAAGGAACCAUUCCUUCCACCCUAACGGGUCCAGUGGUGAAAGAAAUCAUCAAGGAUGGAAGACGAUUAGCCAGCAAGGUUAGCUGCCCAUUGAUGUUUGAGUGGUAUGGAACGAAAUACUGGGGUGCAGCCCAUGGAUUGGCAGGGAUUAUGCAUGUCUUGAUGGACAUGGAACUGAAACCAGAUGAGCUACAAGAUGUAAAUGAUACUCUCAGCUACAUGAUUAAGAAUCGUUUUUCCAGUGGGAAUUACCCCUCGAGUGAGGAUGAUGGAACUGAUUGUCUUGUACAUUGGUGUCAUGGUGCUCCUGGUGUCGCCCUUACCCUUGUCAAAGCUGCUGAGGUUUUUGGAGGUCGGCAGUUCCUGAAAGCAGCUGGGGACGCUGGAGAGGUGGUCUGGAACCGGGGGCUGCUUAAGCGAGUUGGAAUUUGCCAUGGCGUCAGUGGCAAUGCUUAUGUGUUCCUCUCACUCUACCGACUGACUGGUAAUUUGGAAUUUCUAUACAGGGCCAAAGCGUUUGCUUGCUUUCUACUUGACAUGGCUCCCAAACUUAUAUCUGAGGGGAAGAUGCAUGGAGGUGAUUCCCCGUACUCCCUGUUUGAAGGGAUUGGAGGUAUGGCUUAUCUCUUUCUGGACAUGAUAGAACCUUCUGAAGCCAGGUUCCCAGCUUAUGAACUCUGAGAAAUGAAUGUUUGAGAAGAACUUCUCUAUACCGAAUUCCCAAAUGUGCAUAUUUGUAAAAAGUAGAUAAUUGCAGUGGUCUAGAGAGAGAGAGAGAAAGAGAGUGAGCUCAAUUUUGAUGUGCAUCUACCUCAGCAGAAAUGAUCCAUAACUUAAUGAAAUUGUCUUAUCAGAUUCUACUGUUGUCUGAUAGGACUUCAAGCUUUUUUGUGGUUCAAAAGUCGCAGGAACUUCUACCCAUCUUCACUAGUGUUAAGUUUGUAACAGAUUUUCUUUCAGUUGGAAUGAUUUUACCAACAGAGAUGAUUGCAAGCUUUGAUGUGA